GGUAAUAAGAAUGCUUCUCAGGAAAGACUGUAAAUGUCAGCUGCUAUUUAUAAUCAGUGGGGAAGGGAAUCCUGGCACAAAGCUUCCAGAAAGCCUGUGGUGUUUUUAGUGUUCUUAUGUACGGAUUUAUUUCUUCUGUUCUACAAGUGAGCCUUUGCUGCCGUGCUGUGUACAAAGGAGAUGUGAUCCAUUUGAAGCUCUGGUAUUUCACUGCAUCUCAGGAUGUUUUUGGAGUUCAGUUAUCCUAGCAAUUAACUCUUCAAUGCAGUCAGCCCAGUGCCUUGCAGCACACACUGGUGGAGGGGAAGGAGUAUGAGCAGCAGCUCCUGGAGCCAGCCUGUUCAGCAGCAGUGCUGCAAACGUGCCUCUCUCAACCUGACCGUGGAGGAUGGCCACAGGAGAAUCCAGACAGAUGCAGAGACUGAGUUCAUCAGAUUACAGUUGAAUUUCUAAAACUGAAUGAUUUCAGAAACAAGAGUUGGCAAGUCAAGGGCACAGUGGCUGUGGAGCUGGUUUGACAAGUUGGGCACAAUGGAGCCAUCAUGUUAUUUCUCCAGCCUGUCAAAAGUGCAGUUCCUUGUGAAAUGGAGGGCUGAACACUCUGAAACAGCAGUGGGGAGAAAAGUGUCACCUUUGAAAGAUAACCUUUCACCAUGGGAAGAGUGGUUCAUUGGCAAAGAGAAGGAGCUGCGUGCCCGCUUACAGGCCAGAGCUGCAGAGGAAAUGAAUAAACAACUCGAGGAAAUGAAACAAAAUCAAGAAUGGGAAAGAAGAAAAAGGAUAGCUGAAGAGAAACACAAGGAAUGGGUCUUAAAAAAGAGAGAAGAGGAAAGAAGAGAAAGAAAACGAAAACUGAACAAAGAAAUGGCAGAAAAAGCCACAAGGGAACUAGAAAAAAUGCAGUUAAAAGAAAAGGCUGACGUAAAGUAUAAAGAAUGGUUAGAGAAGAAGAGAGCUGAAGAGGCAGAAAAGAAGAAAAAAGAGAAGGAAAAAGAAAAAGAACGGGAGGCUGAGCUACAGGAGAAGAGAACAAGAUCAGAGAAAAUCUUUAAGGAAUGGCUGCAAAAUGCUAGAAAUAAACCACAACCUGCUUUAAAUGGUUAUGGUUUCCCACAUGGGAGGUCUACAGGGAGUGCUGAUAGAAAUUUGUAUCCAGCUCCAGCAUAUUGUAACCCCAUUCCUUGGAAGCCGGUACAUGUGCCUCCCCCAAAGGAAGACAGAGUUCUCACCAUGAAGAAGAGUCAGAGACCUGUAUCUUGUCAGCCACGUGCAGCUUUACCAGUGGUGAUUUCUAAGCCCAGGAGUAACCCUUGUACUGGAUCCCUGUGCAGAAAGAAGUUAUAGUCCAGAAGAAAUGUCCUUACAAUCUUGACCAAAUCGGACCAUAAAUGUGACCUUCUGUGUAGUUACGUGUCCAGUGCAGAUUGCUUUGUGUCUUUUUUUUCCCCAUUUUUGUGAGCAGGUUUUGUGUUUACUGCUAGUUGACCAAUCAGGCUUUAAAUGUUUUUUUUUCUAUAUUGCAUUUUAGUUUAAAAAAAAGGAGAAGAUUAAUUGUAAUGGGAGUGUACCUUGAUGCCAAUAAAAUGCACAGGGUUAUUUCUUCCUUUCCUCUCUUGUUGUUAAAGGAGUUCUUUUGUAUGUGUAGUUAUUCUUUUGGGCAACAGUAUUCACUAAGUUAUUUUAAAGAUAAAUUAAUUUGUAA